CGCCAGUGGGCCGCCACCGAUGCCCCGCCCACUGGGAGAGGAGCCAGGCUUCUUGGGUGAAGCUCGGCCCGCUUGAAGAUAAGCCACGCCCCUUGAAGCAAGGCCGGCUCCUUGGGAGAGAAACCACGCCUCCUCGGGGAAGCUCCGCCCACUGGAGAGAGGUCCACAGGCCCUUGAAAGCUCCGUCCACUCGGAGAUAAGCCACACCCCUGGGAGAAAGUUGCGCCUGUUCGGGACAGCCACGCCCCCUCGGGGGAGGAAGGCCUCCCCUUGAAGAUAGCGCGGGGCGGAAAGAAGCCACGCCCCCUGGCUGGGCGCACGCGGGGGGGCGGGGCUUCUCCGGGCCCGUGUGCAGCACUUUCCUAAUAAAACUGGAGACUCCGAGUCCCGGCAGGCUUUGCGCGCCCGGGGCGGAAGGGGCGGGCCGGCGGGAUGUGGUGGCGCGGGCUGGCGGCGCUGGGGCUAGCGCUCUCGCUGUACGCGCUGCACGUGGAGCGGAGCCGCGCGCGGGACCCGCGGUACCGGCCCGCCUGCGACCUGGUGGCGGUGCUGGGCUCCGCCUACCUGGGCUACAUCCUGCUGCGGGUCCUGCACGACUUCUGCCUCGUUUGCAUAACGACCUACGUCAUCAAUGGUGCCCUGCUGGUGCUCAACCUCCUCUCGCCCCGCCCACGCCCCGCCGCCAAGCCCAAGGGCCAAUGAGGAGCCGCCCCCGCCUGGGCCUGACCCUGCUGCCGGGCGGGGGCUUAGCUCCGCCCCUUGGCCCUGUGUCCCUCUAGCCCCGCCCCCCAUGCUGUACUCUCUGGGGCCAGCUUCUAGCCCUGCCCAUUCCGGUCCAGGUUCCGCCCCUAAUGCUACAUCUAGCUCCGUCUCCUUA